AUGGAGCCAAGACACAUGGAAAGCCCAGCGUCCUUAGAGGAGAUGCAGCAGGUACAGCUGGACCCUGAAUCCUUCACAACUCCACCUGAAAUAACGCCAGCAGCAUUUCUGGAAAAUGGAUAUCAAGUCCAGCGUCAUCGCAAGGAGAUCGUCAAGAAUUACCCCUAUGGGCCAAACUGA